CAAACUAGAUACGCAAUGUAUGCAAGGCAGCCGGUCGGGUGCACUCUCAAGAUAGGGCCACAAGCCCAGUUGUAUUUGCUCAGUCCCUUCAGCAUUUGUUUAUUAUUUAUGCAGACGUGCUCCUCGGCUUCCAACUAAAGCGAAAGUGUCCUGCUUUCAACUAAGAAUUAUGGCGUCUUUGUUUUUACUUUUCGUCUUUACUUUUGGCCCGGCGUUAUGUAUGGCAACAUGUGGUCAGCGGCCUGUCUCGGGAACACGCAUUGUCGGGGGAGAAGAAGCAGUCCCUCACUCGUGGCCAUGGCAACUGUCACUCCAGAUGUUCGGGAUGCAUAAUUGUGGAGCGUCCUUGAUAACUCCACAAUGGGCGGUUACCGCUGCUCACUGUGUGCAGAACAACUACUGGUACUACAGUCUGCAAGCAGGUUCUCAUUUGCGUCAAGACGAUGGGGUUCAGUUGAAGAUCGCUAAGAUUAUCCCACAUAAAGGCUACAGUCGAAGUCAUCUGCGGCACGACAUCGCCCUCAUCAAACUGGCUAGUCCGGCGAAGCUGAGCCCGACCGUGAAUACAGUGUGCUUACCCAAACAGGGCAGUCUUGCUAAACCGGGCGGUAACUGCUAUAUAACAGGUUGGGGCAGAAUACUACCCAACGACUUCAAGAAAAUGGCGGGCAAACUUCAGCAGUCUCGUGUCCCUGUGAUUGACCAUAAGGAAUGCCGCUCAAAAAAUGGCGGAAAAGUCGACCAAUCAACGAUGAUUUGCAUUGGUGGCCGCGGAAGCAGCGCCUGCAAUGGGGACAGCGGUGGACCGCUUGUCUGCGAGGAGUCUGGGCACUGGGUGUUGCGUGGUUCCUCCUCGUGGGUGACUGAUCGCUCGUGCCCAGGCCACUCCUACUCUGUCUAUGCGCGCGUUAGUUCACACGUGGGUUGGAUCAAGAGCGAGAUCGGAGAUGGCGGGACAGAUUCCGGUUCCUCAGGCGGCAAUGCUGACUGCAGAGACACCCAUAGCUGGUGUGUUCGGUACGCGAAAUACUGUGGAACGACUGCGAGCAUCAGAAAAAGUUGCAAGAAGACGUGCAAUAAGUGCUGAAAUACUCAAGAUCGUUCUGUCACAAAAAAUUCGGGAGGAUGUGCAGAAAUAACUCUCUUCUUCGAUGAUAGAAAAAAGAAAUUUGUGGUGCAAAUAAAAUACUUCGGAGUA